UGUACAUACACUUGGCGAAAAGCUAACCUCCAAGUUUUUUUAAACUGUCACAGUGAUUAAUUCUAAAUAAUAAUUAUUCUACUUAAUUUUUUUAAGAAAAUGAAUCCACAACACACAGGAAUGGUGAAUCCACAACAAUUUGGAGUCGGUGGAAAUCAAAUGAACAUGUGGAAUGCUCAACAAGUACUGGCUCAACAGCAACAACAACAGCAACAACAACAACAGCUCGCUGCUCAACAAUCAGUAACGAUGCAGCAACAAUUGCAACAAAUGCAAGUCCAACAAGCCCAACAUUUACAGUUUCAGCAACAACAACAACAGCAGCAGCAGCAGCAGCAGCAGCAGCAGCAGCAGCAGCAGCAGCAGCAGCAGCAGCAGCAGCAACAACAACAACCACAACCACAACCACAACCACAACCACAACCACAACCACAACCACAACCACAACCACAACCACAACCACAACAACAACAACAACAACAACAGCCAUUACAAAUUCAGCAGCAACAACACCCACAACAGCAGCAACAACAACAGCAACAACAACAACAACAGCCGCAGCAACCGCAAACAACAAGCCAGAUUGGUCAGACAAAUACCGGAGUAAGUCAAGUGCAGACACCGCAGACACCAGUACCAUCAAAUACCCAACAGCAGGGAGGACAACAGCAACCAGGACCAACGACUCAGUCUCAGUCCGGACCGCAACAGCCACAACAACCACAGAAUAAAGAAUUCAAUACAGUCAGUUUAUGCAAAUAUGGACAAGAAACUGUUCAAGAUAUUGUUAGUAGGGCGUUGGAAGUUUUUCAAACUCUGAAAUUGCUUCAGGCACCAAUUGCGACAUCCCAAGGUUCCACCGCUGCCACAGAUAAAAAACUGAAAGUUCAGGACCAAUUGAGAAUGAUUAGACUGUUAUUUCGCAGAUUGAAAUUGAUUUAUGAGAAGUGCAACGAAAAUUGUCAACUUCAGGGAAUGGAAUAUACUCAUAUCGAGAGUUUAAUACCUUUGAAAGAAGAGUGGGAUAUGAAAUCUGAGGAAAAGAAGACCUCUGAAGCCUACAGAUUAACCUGUAUGGAGAGUAAAGAUGCAAUGGAGCAGGUGAUUGCUAAGAAUCGUCAUUUGAAAGAUAUAAUCGAUAAUUUAAGACGAAUUAUAUCUGAAAUAAAUACAAUGCUGAACAUGCGAAGAUCCUAAUGAACAAUUAUCUAUAAAUAUAUUUAUUAUUCGAAAAAAAAUAUACAUGAUUUUGUAUUAAACAAUUGAAUGGAAUUUUGUAAAA